AUGGCCUCGUCCAGGUCCCCAUCCCCAUCGCUGCAGCGUUCCCGCAGCGUGUCGCCUACCACGGCUACGACGCGCCUGAUCCAACAAAACCGGAAUCAAUUUGCCGGGCUUUCAGACAGCAGCAGCUCAGAAGAAGAAGACAAUGGCAUUCUCCGUCCUCGCGGGAGGAUGGCUGCACGGAUGCAAGUACGCGGUAACGAAAACGAAUCAUCAUCUUCGGCACAAUCAGAGAACGAGAGCGAGCAAGAAAAUGCGGGUACGAUUCAGCAGAGUAAAUCACCCAAGAAGACGACAACAACAACAGUAGAGAAUGUCAGGUUAGAAGGGAGCAACGAAGGGACUCUUGAGGAGGACGACGACGAAGACGAAGAUGUGAUCACAAUGCGCAGGCCAAGAACCCUCAACAAAGCCCGCCGCGAACGCACAUCCACCCCAGAGACCGAGACCACCGGACCCCAACCCCCCCAAGACGCACCUGCUUCACCAGGCUUAUUCGUCUCCCCCUCUAAGCCCCAAUCUCCGUCCCCCAUCUCCGGGGAGCAGAGCAGUGACGACGAACAAGACGCAGUCAAAAAGCUCAAGAACUCGCGAUUCCAAGCCCUCGUAGCCAAGAAACGCGAAGAGCGCCUCGCGCGGGAAGCCGAAGAAGCGCGGAAGAAGGCGGUGCGCAGGCAACGUGCCGGGUUCGAGGAUCACGACGAUGGGAUGCUCGCGGACGAUGAUAUUCUUGAUGAUGAAGACGACAACAUCACUGACGACGAAGGGGGCCGUCGGCUGACGCAGGAGGCUGGUGCCUCCCGUCCUGCUCGCAAGGCUAGCAAGAAGGCGCUGGAGGAGAUGAACCGCGAGACGCAGCGGUUGACGAGGAGUUUGCAGUUGGCGCAUGAGGCCAAAGUAAGGAAGAAGAUUUCCAAGGCGACGUUGUUUGAGAGGUUUAAUUUUAAGCCCGGCGGUGGGUCGGUCACGACUACUACUACUGCGGUUGAGGAGGUUGCUCCUGUUCCUGCUGCGGGUGUGGAUGCGGGCUCGAGUCGGCCGCCUACACCGGGAUCUGUCCAGCAAAGCGAUGCGGAGAUGAAGGAUGCUGAGACGCCGCCUAGUUCGCCGCCGACGGCUGAGAAGGAGAAGGCCGAGGGUGUUUUGCCUACGGUUGUGGAAACGGCCGCUGCGGAAGAGGACGAGGAAAAGUUCCCCGAUCUUGAUGAGCUUGCCCAACAAGCCGCGGUGAAGCAGCUCGACAAGGGUAAGGGGAAAGCCACCGCUGCCGAUCUCGCAGAGCAAGCGGCACCCCCCGCCGGCGUACCACAAAAGCGCAACUUCCGCGUCAAGCUCCCCCAGCUCCAAGCCAACCGAGCCGCGGUCUCUGUCUCCUUAGAUGACGACCUCGAAGUCAUCCCCACGCGCAAGUCCAAGCUCGACGCCAUCUUCGACCGCGUCCCCGCCAACCAAGCCAAGCAAGCCAACACCCUGCACAUCCUCCGACGCCUCGCGCACCUUGACGACCCAGACAAGCGUGCCGCGCCCCCCACGCGCGCCGGCAACAAGCUCAAGAAGGAGCAUCAAGAAGUCGCCAUGACCACGGGCGAACUGCGCGCCAGCCUGCUCCAGCGCGCCCGGCAGCAGGCCAAGCUCGAGCGGGACCGCCAUCUCGAGAUGCUGCGGGCCAAGGGCGUGCAUGUGCAGACGGCCGAGGAGCGUGAGAGGGAGGAGCAGGAUGUUGAGGAUAUGGUUGCGAAAGCGAGGCGGGAGGUGGAGGAGAUUAUGGACCGGGAGCGUGAGGCGGCUAAGGCGGAACGGAAGCAGAGGCGGGAGGCUGGGGAGGAGGAUCCGUUAGGUUGGGAUGAUGAGAGUGAUGAUGAGGAUUAUGAGGAGGGUGCCGAUGAGGGUGCCGAUGAGGGAGAGGAGAAGGAGAUUGAACUGUCUGGCUCCGAGGACGAGGAAGAGGGUGAUGAGGAGGAUGAGGACGAAGAGGAAGGCGAGGGUCUGAUUGAUGACGUUGCCCCUGUUGCGGAUGAGUCUGAGACCGGCGAGGACGAGGACCUUCCCAGCACCAGACAAGUCAGACGCAGGCCCAGAAAGCAAACCACCAUUCUCUCUGACGACGAGGACGAUGUCGAGCUGCCACUUGUCAAAGCCACUCAGGCCCCUCAGGCCACCCCGCGCCCCAAGACUCAGUUCCCCAAAUCGCCCUCAGUCCGGAACACCGAAUCCCCCAGCGUGCCGACAUCUGUCCUGCGCUCCGCCACCAAGACCUUCAUCCCCGGCCUCCCCGUCGCCGGACCGGCCGGUCUCGGUCUCACCCAGAUCUUCGCCGGCACCAUGGACGACAGCCAGGUGGGCAUGGGCAUGACCCAGGCCUCGCCCUCCCAGCCGCGGCCCACCUUUGACGACACCACUGCCUUCCCCGACUCUAACUUCUCGCAAACCGCGCGGGAGAGCGGCGAUGCGGCGGACGACCUCAUUCUCGACAGCCAGCGACAGCCAGGCCGCGAGACCCAACAACAAACCGAAGAGACGCAGGGCAUACAAAUCCGCUUCUCCCAGUCCCAAGUCCACGGCUUCGACACUUUCCUCGACGAGAUGGCGGCCCCGACGCAGAUGUCUGAUCUACUCGAGCCCACGCAAGACGGCGGGUUCUCCGACCUGUCGCCGCUGCGUCAUCGCUUUGUUGAGCGGCCUGCUUCGACCAUUGCCACGGUCCCUGUGGACCGGACACAGACCCAGGCGGACGAGGCGGAUGAGCAUAAUGAGUCGCCUUUGGUGCGGCGGACGGGGAAACUCCGCCGGAAGGCUGACAUGGUUGCUCCUGUGUCGCCUUCGCGUGGUUCGCCUGUUGAACGGGGAAGCGCCGGCGAAGAUGAUAGCAUCGAGAUCGGCGAGUUCGGUCUCAAUGCCAUCCCAAACAGCAACACCACCGGUACCACCAACGGUCCCAACGCCUGGGCAGCCAUGAAAAAGGCCGCGCUCAAAGAGAAGAAGCGCAAGGAAGCGUUUGACAAGAAGAAGAGCAAGGCGCGCGAGAUGGUCGAGGAGCAGGCCGAGGAAUCCGAGGAUGAGUACGCCGGGCUUGGUGGUGCCGACGGGGAGGACAGUGAUGAUGCGGAUGAUGAGAUGGUCAAGGAGAUGAUUGACGAUGAGACCAAGGAGAAUGAGGGUGAUGAGAGGAAGUUGGCGGCUUUUUACGCUGACCGCGAACGCGCCGACGACGAGAAGCGCGUAGAGAAACUCUUCCACGACGUCACAACCGGCCAGCUUCGACGCAAGCGCGGCGGCGGCGACUGGGACGACCUCGACGACUCGGACGACGACGGCGAGGCCCGCCGUCGCAUGAAGCGUCGCCAGUUCGCCAAGAUGCAGCGCACCCUCUACGCCGACGAGCGCAUCAGCAAAGUCGCUGAGAACCCGCGCAACCAGGCGUUUAUGCGGACUAUUGAGGACCGUGGGAGUGAUGAUGAGAUGGACUUUCUCUUUGCUCCGCCGUCUGUUCCGGCGAGUGAGUCCCAGUCUCAGUCUCAGUCUCAGUCUCAGUCUCGGGACUCGAUGGUUGGGCCAAACGCCAUCAUUCCCAAUAGUCAACCCCAGACUGUUGCUGCUGCCGGUGGUGGUGGUGGUGCCCCAAUCACAGCGCCCAACCCGCGUCGCACCAAAACAGGCAAAAAGCCCUCCAACAUCGGCGAGAUCCGCGAAACGCUCUCCAACCUCCUCGACGAGCCCUUUGGCGGGUCCGUCAUCCCCGCGACCGAGCUCGGUUCCGACGAUGACGGUGACGAUGAGGAGAACCAAACCCGCCCGGGAUCGUCAAACAGCACCGCCAGCGGAUCAAGCAACAAAGAAAACCACAACCCUCGCCGAACCGGCAGCGGGUCUGGGUCUGGUACCAAACCCGCCAUCAUCGACCGCAUCUCCCUAAAACGCAACGCCUCCACGGCAUCAUCCGCCUCUAGCAAACUCGCCUUUGCCGCCGCUGCCAACCCUACUACCACCACCGGUACCGGCUCAUCAACAUCAGCAUCAACAUCAACAUUCAAAGUCCCCGCCCUCCUCCGCCGCGCAACCACCAACUCCCUCCUCUCCACUUCCUCCUCUACUUCCUCAACAUCAACCACCUCCAGCACCAAAAACACCAACACCACCACCACGCGAGAAGGUGCGGGCGCAAUGAAAAUCAAGAAACCAGCCGGUAAACGCUCAGGCGUGUCGUAUCUCGCACGUGAGACAGAGAGACGCGCGGCGCUGGCAGAAGCUGAGCGCCGCAGGGAGGCGAAGAAGAUGAGGGGGGCGGAGGGGAGGGGGAAAGUUGUUGGGGGGUUGUUUGGGGGGGGGCGGUUUGAGUGA